AUGCAGCUCCUCAACAUCGUUCUCCCCUUGCUCCUGGCUGGCCUCGUCUCCGCCCAGGCUCAAUGCUUCGACGACCUUGACUGCCUUUUCUCGGGCAUCGAAAAUGCAAAGUGCGCCAAGGCCACCAACACCGACCUUCUCGGGUACGAAACUCCCCCGCCUUGCCUCUUAUUUACUCCAAAGAUCCUGGGAAUAUCUGCUGACCUUUUCCACAACCAAUCGGCUUCCAGAACCUGCAAAGGGCCUGCAUGAGCAGCAAUUUCUGUGGAUGGAAUAGGGGAAGCUAUACCGGCCUGUAACGCUAGGAUUAAACCCCCUCAUAGUCUGAUGUAACUUUGCAC